AUGACAUCCAAGGCCGACAUCCCCAAGGAGGCAGGUCGCCCACCUCUCAACGUCCGCCCUUCAAUGGAAGGUCAACGUCGUGACUCAGGCUCACAAAUGCCCACUCUUCCCCCCGACAAUGCCUGCGACGAGCCCGCUCCCGAGGCACCGGGAGGAGCAGGUAAGGGCGCCAUCGCCACGGACCCUGCCACCGGCAAGGGCUUCGACAAGGUGUACGGUGUCCGCCCCAAGACCACUUGGCAUUUGAAGCCUUCGAUGGAGAAGAAUCUGUGGGAGUACAUUUGCUCGCUCGACAUCGGUCCGGACACGGCCUAUCAGCGUCGCGAUGACAACAGCGAGCUGAGGGGCCCUCCGCCUAUCAGGCCGAUGUGGGAGGAGAACCUCUUCAUCAUCUCGACCGGCUCGAUUCCCCUCCUGCUCCACACUGCAUGGAACUUCCUCCUCCCAGAGCACCCCAUGCACUGGGCUCCCGCUUGGGUCAUGUACCACCUCAGCUUCAUCGUCUUCGCCAAGGUGAUGAUCCGUCGCCUCCACUACUUCAUGGCCGAGUACGGCUGCUUUGAUGAGCAGAACCGCGGUCGUGACAUGGUCGACGACAAGCACGUCAACCACUUGGGACGCUCCAUUUUCAUCUACACCGUCUUCCGUACUCUCGGCCCUUUCCUCCUCGCCUGGCGCGGUGACAUGGCCAACCCUCUCGCUGGCCUGUCAUGGGCUACUCCGUUCAAGAUGGCUUGGUGGGAGAUUGCUCUCGACUACUGGUUCUACCUUUACCACCGAUCUACCCACGAGUUCGACGCCCUCUGGUUUAUCCACAGGCAGCACCACGCCACCAAGCACCCGACGCCCAUCCUCUCCAUCCUCGCAGACGACAUCCAGGAGUGCCUCGAGAUCUUCAUCAUCCCCUUCCUCGCUACGGCAGUCUCUCCCAAGUUGUCCUUCGCUGAGCUGCACCUCCUCGUCGUCUACACUCUGUACGUCGAGGCCCUCGGCCACUCCGGCAUUAGGGCAAUCUGGCGUCACCCUAUCCUCGGCCAGUUCCUCCGCGUCAUGGGCGCCGAGCUCGCUGUCGAGGACCAUGACCUGCACCACCGCUUCGGCAAGUCGGGCAGGAACUACGGAAAGCAGACGAGGAUUUGGGACAGGCUGUUCGGCACUAUCGGAGAGAGGAUUGAGACGCCUCUCAACUAA